AUGGUUCAAGGACGUGCAGAUUAUGUUACAUAUAUAAGCUUGCACACCCCCAGUCCGUUAGAAUUCGCCACCAUGAAGAUCAUGGUUGUUAUCUCGGUGUUUGCUACUGCGGCGUUUGCUGCUCCCCAGGGAUAUAGUCUCACGGCCCCGUCCCGCCCUGGCUUGCAACUUGGUUCUGCAGCUUCCACCCUGGAUCUUUCUUCUACAGCUGCCAUUCCUACUGAUUUCUCAACUGACGGACAACAAUUCGUUGGUGCUGGAGCUUUUGGUGCAACUUCACAAACAGGCCUUGCUGCUGAAGUACAAAAGGAAGGAGUACAAGAAACAGGCAACAAUAAUGAGGCAUCCAACAGCAAUGAUACUGUAUGCAAGGAAGGAGAAGUUCUGCACGUAGACGGAUCUUGUGUCGCUCCCGUAAUCACGCGCAAAGUUUUCGUUUUCAAUGUACCUCAACAAGAAACAGAAAGGAAUUCUACUUUGCCAGAACUUCCGCCUCUGAAAGUAGAACACAACAUCCUCUUCGUGCGUCUACCCGAAGCAGGCGAGGGUCCUGAGCCAAUUAUUGUUCCUCCACCAAGACAAAACAACAUUGUGUAUGUUCUCAACAAACAAAACGAACAAACACAGCGUGUCAUCGAAGUGCCGGCUCCUCCACCCUCCGAACCUGAGAUUUACUUCGUGGAUUAUGAAGAAGGCGAAAAUCCUAGUCUUCCCGGUGGCGUGGACCUCCUUACUGCUCUUGGCUCCGCUUCUGAAACGGGCGGAGAAGUCAUUGGCGUAAUCGAAAGUAGUUCAGCUGAGGAUAACACAGUCGGAAGUAGCACCGUAGAAGGUCUUGAUACUGGUUCCGAUUCACUAGAUGCCGGACUUGGUGUAAACCUAUCUCAGAAUGUACAAUCUCCAUCAACAGAUGCCCUCCUCACUGAAAACGCAGGCGGCAGUGGCAACGCUAUUUCAUCCGGCCUUUACACCACUCCAUAA